AUGAUUCUCAUAAGAAAGUCGGCUAUGAACCUGACCACUGCUGGGUCUAGUACAAGUCGAUUGCUUGUAUCAUCAUUAUUCAAACAUGCUAUUGCAACAUCAUCAUCAUCAUCAUCACCACCAAAUAAUAGAUAUUAUUGUUCAAAUGCAGAUUCAAACAAUACUACAGCUACUACUACUAAUACGAAUCCAACAACAUCAUGCAAUCAUCAACAUAGUCAUUCAAAGAAGAUUGGAGAUCAUGUCAGAGUUAGAUAUGCACCAAGUCCAACAGGCAGUCUUCAUCUAGGAGGAUUGAGAACUGCCUUGUACAACUACUUGUUUGCAAGAAAGGAAGGAGGUACAUUUAUAUUGCGUAUCGAAGACACUGACCGCACUCGUUUUGUAGAGGGAUCGGCAAAGAACCUCGAGAAUUGUCUAGAGUGGGCUGGCAUACCCUAUGAUGAGGGACCUGCUCGUCCACGUAUCGAAUUUGCUCCCUAUGUUCAAUCUGAAAGAUUACCUCUUUAUAAACAACAUGCUGAUGAACUUGUCAAGAAAGGAUCAGCAUAUUAUUGUUUCUGUACAAGUGAAAGAUUAGAAGUAUUAAAGGCAAAUACAAUGGGAAAGCAAUCAGUUUCGAUAUACGAUCGUAACUGUCUCAGAUUAUCAAAAGAAGAGAUUGAAAAGAGAUUGGCCAAUGGCAUGUCACACACGAUUCGACUCAAGAUUCCACAUACAACGCCAUUCACCAAAUUCAACGAUAUUGUAAAGGGAAGUGUUCAAUUUGCAAAUUCAAUGAUUGAUGACCAAAUCCUCCUAAAGAGUGAUGGAUUCCCAACCUACCAUUUGGCAUCGGUCGUAGACGAUCAUCACAUGAAGAUUACGCAUAUCAUCAGAGGUGAAGAAUGGAUCAGUAGUACACCAAAACAUGUCAUUCUCUAUGAAGCAUUUGGUUGGACACCACCAACAUUUGCUCAUGUACCAUUACUCUUGAACAAAGAUAAAUCAAAAUUAUCAAAAAGACAAGGUGAUGUUUCUGUUGAUGCAUAUAUUAACAAAGGAUAUUUACCUGAAGCAUUGGUUAACUUUGUUGCAUUUUUGGGAUGGGCACCAAGUGAAACUACCAAAGAAGUAUUUACAUUAAAGGAAUUAAUUAAUAGUUUUUCAUUAGAAGGAAUUAAUAAAUCUGGAAGUGUAGUUGAUUUGGAUAAAUUGGAUUGGUUAAAUGUUCAACAUAUUAGAUUACAAAUUGAUAAUGGUGGACCAGGUAUGAUGGACAUUGUCAAACAAGUCAAAGAGAAUUUGAAACGAGAUUUGGCAAUUGAUUCCGAGGAGGAUGAAAAGUUUUUGAUCGAUGCUAUUAAAUGUGUAAAGGAUAGAAUACACAAGGUUAUUGAUUUUAAUCAACUUUUGAAACCAUUUUAUUUGGAACCUGAUCUUACUACGGAAGAAGCAAUUAAAAUGAAGGCAAAGGUUUGGAACAAGGAUAAUGUCACUGUUGGUGUACCACUCUUUCUCAAAAAGUUGGCUGCUAUUGACAAUGCCGAAUUUAAAACUGACACUAUCUACUCUACACUUCAAAACACAGUUCGUGAAAUGAACCAAUCACAACAACUAACAGACAAAGAGUUAUCAACUAAAACCAAUCAACUCAUGUCUGUCAUUCGAUACAUAUUGUUGGGUGCACCAACUGGUGGUGGCAUCCCUGCAACCAUUGCAAUCCUCGGUAAAGAUAAAACAAUUAAUAGAAUUAAUUCAAAUUUAAAUUCUUCCAUUUAA